AUGUCUUCCAGACUACAACAGAUCUAUCAUCACAUAACCGGAUCGCAUAUCAUGGCUGAAACAUGGCAAAACGUCCCUCUUGCGCCUCCAGAUAGCAUCUUCAAGUUGACAGCAGCUUACAAAACCGACACCUUUCCCUCAAAAGUCAACCUCGGGGUCGGUGCAUAUAGGGACGACAACAACAAACCUUGGGUGCUCCCUGUUGUGAAGAAGGCAAAGGCCAUCCUUUCGAAUGACGAGGGACUCGACCACGAGUAUCUCUCCAUCACCGGUCUCCCAGAGUUUACGAGUGCGGCGGCUAAGUUGAUCCUCGGCACGGAUUCCGCGGCUAUUCGAGAGCAGCGCGUAGCGAGUGCACAGACCAUUUCUGGAACAGGUGCGAACCAUUUGGGUGCACUUUUCCUUAGCAGGUUCUAUACUUUCAACGGCCCGAAGCAGAUAUUUGUGAGCAACCCGACAUGGGCAAAUCAUCAUGCUAUCUUCCGAAACGUGGGGAUCGAGCCGGUAGAUUAUGCAUACUAUGACCCAAAAACGAUUGGUCUCGACUUUGAAGGGUUUCUUAACGCACUUCGCUCUGCACCAGACUCGUCGCCAUUCCUCCUUCAUGCAUGCGCGCAUAAUCCAACCGGUGUAGACCCAACUCCUGAGCAGUGGGAAAAGAUUGCCGAUCUCUUCCUUGAGAAGAAACACUUUGCAUUCUUUGACUGUGCAUAUCAAGGAUUCGCAAGUGGCGAUCUCGACAAGGAUGCCUCUGCAGUGCGUUACUUUGAGCAACGAGGCGUUCCGAUGCUUGUAUGCCAGAGCUUCGCUAAAAAUGCUGGCUUGUACGGCGAACGGCGAAGUGAGAUCAGCAACCCACCUGCGUUCGGAGCGCGCAUCAUGGCGUUGAUCCUCAACGAUGCUAAUCUUUUCAACCAAUGGAAGGAAGAUAUUAAGACCAUGGCCCAUCGGAUUAUCGAUAUGCGUGAAAAGCUUCACGCUCUCCUUACAAAUGAGCUGCGGACUCCAGGAAAUUGGGACCACAUCACUCGUCAGAUUGGAAUGUUCAGCUUCACUGGGCUCAAUGCCGAACAAUCGAAAGCCAUGGUCGAAAAGGCGCACAUAUACCUGACGAGUAACGGCCGUAUCUCCAUGGCCGGUCUCAACUCAAACAACAUUCGCUAUGUUGCUGCGUCGUUGGACAAGGCUGUCAAAGGCGAGCUCUAG